GAAAAAAGUACUUACGUCCAUGGCAAAUGGUGGCGCUGGUGGUGGUGGAAACAACGGGACAGGAAACCGGACGGAGGAGUUACAACCCCACCCGGUGAAAGAACAACUCCCCGGAAUUCAAUACUGUGUCAACAGUCCUCCUCCUUGGUUUGAAGCGGUAGUGUUGGGUUUCCAGCAUUAUUUGCUGAGUCUUGGCAUCACAGUUCUCAUUCCAAGUCUAUUAGUCCCACUCAUGGGAGGUGGCGAUGCAGAAAAGGCUAAAGUAAUACAAACAUUACUAUUUGUGUCUGGAUUAACAACAAUGUUUCAAUCUUUCUUUGGAACUCGAUUGCCUGUAAUAGCUGCGGCUUCUCAUACCUAUAUCAUACCUAUCACUACCAUCAUUUCUUCAACUCGAUUCACUUACUACUCUGAUCCAUUUGAAAGAUUUGUAAGAACAAUGAGAAGCAUACAAGGCGCUCUUAUUAUCACUGGAUGUUUCCAAGUUGUCGUCUGUUUUCUAGGCAUAUGGAGAAAUAUUGUUAGAUUUCUAAGCCCACUCUCUAUUGCUCCUUUGGCAACAUUUACCGGACUGGGACUAUACCAUAUCGGCUUCCCUUUGUUAGCAAGAUGCGUUGAAGUGGGACUUCCUGGAUUGCUAAUACUUGUAUUUAUCACUCAGUACUUACCUCGUUGCCUCAAGAUGAAGAAAGGGGUGAUGCUUUGGGAUGGAAACAGAUGCGACCGCUAUGGGAUAAUGUUAUGUAUUCCACUGGUAUGGUUGUUUGCUCAACUACUCACAUCAAGUGGUGUUUAUGACCACAAGCCUCAGACUACUCAAACAAGUUGUCGUACAGAUCGCACUGGUCUCAUAACCAACACUCCUUGGAUAUACAUACCAUAUCCGUUUCAAUGGGGAAGCCCAACUUUCAACAUAACUGAUUCCUUCGCGAUGAUGGCUGCAUCUUUCGUUACUCUCUUUGAGUCGACUGGUUUGUUUUACGCAUCCGCAAGAUUUGGAAGCGCGACGCCCAUCCCACCAUAAGUUGUUAGUCGUGGUACUGGCUGGCUGGGAGUUGGAGUAUUACUCAAUGGGAUGCUUGGAGGUAUCACAGGGAUCACAACAUCAACAGAAAAUGUUGGACUUUUGGCAAUGACAAAGAUUGGGAGUCGAAGAGUGAUACAAAUAUCAGCUGCCUUCAUGCUUUUUCUCUCCAUUUUUGGAAAGUUUGGAGCUUUCUUCGCGUCCAUACCAUUACCAAUCAUGGCAUCUCUUUAUUGUAUUGUCUUGUGUUUUGUGUCUUCUGCGGGACUUAGCUUUCUACAGUUCUGCAACCUCAAUAGCUUCAACACCAAAUUCAUUUUGGGAUUUUCAUUUUUCAUGGCUGUUUCAAUCCCUCAAUAUUUCAGAGAAUAUUACAAUGGAGGUUGGCGGUCUGAUCAUCGUUCGAAUUGGUUUGAAGAUGUGAUAAGAGUGAUAUUCAUGUCGCACACAACAGUUGCGGCAAUUAUAGCGAUAGUGCUUGAUUGCACAUUGUCUCGUGAGACCGAUGAAGCCAAGAAAGAUUGCGGGCUGAAAUGGUGGGAAAAGUUUCGACUAUACAACCUAGAUGUGCGAAACGAUGAAUUUUAUGGUCUACCUUGCAGCCUCAACAAAUUCUUCCCUUCUCAUUGA